AGCGAGUUACGCUACUGUGUAUGUAGUAUAUAUGGUACUAAAUGAUCGUUUGAUGUGAUUUAAAGAUUGUAAUGUUCUAUAAUUUGCAGUCCUUUUAGCAACUUGUUUGAACUAAUGGCUUGUGUUCGACGGAGUUGAUGAUUCGUUAAUGUACUUUUUGAUAGAAAAAUAAUUAUAGAUAUGGCGUCAGGAUUAGAGAGCUACGUAAAUCAUACGGUUUCUAUUAUCACGUCGGACGGUAGAAAUUUUAUUGGCACAUUAAAAGGCUUUGACCAAACUAUCAAUAUAAUCCUUGAUGAAUCACAUGAACGAGUUUAUAGUACGACUCAGGGAGUGGAGCAAGUUGUUUUGGGCCUACACAUCAUCAGAGGAGACAAUGUAGCGAUAGUGGGAGAAUUGGACGACGAGAUGGACGCACGAUUGGAUUUGUCGACGAUACGGGCUGAUCCUCUGAGCUCUAUUGUACAUUAACAGACACAACCGAUAAAAUAGAACGCAAUUAAAAUUGCCGCUUGUUUCUAACUGGGAAAAAGAAAACAGGAAUACAUUAGCAAAAAAAAGAUACAAAUCUUUGCGUAAGAUAUAUAUUGUAUAAAAAUCUUCCAUUUCUUAUGUCUAGAUACAUCUAUCAUAUAGUAUUUUGAAAAGCGCGAAGAGAAUUCAUACACAAUAAUAUUUACAUUAUUUGAAAGAAAAAGCACCGAAAACUCGCAUUCGCAUCAGUAAUCGUUCUCGUCUGUACAAAAGUCUUACUAUACAAUAGUCAACUGUCACAAAUGUACUUUCAUUCUACAUCAUAAUGUAGCAAUAAUAUUAAUAAUAAACGUAAAUAUAAUCC